UCAUGCAAAACAUUUGCCAGUUGAAGAGAGCAACUCAAGCUGGGUUUUGACUAUUGCAUGUAAAAACAAACAGUUUGGUCAUUGAAUAGUGCAUGUCGAACGAAGAAAUUGCAUGGUGAGUGUCAUCUAUUAGUCAAAAAUUAGCUGAAAACGCAGACACAAACGCAAAGUGAAAGAAAAAACAAUAAUGGGUCAGAGAGCAAAGCCACAUACUUCAUGCAGAACAUAAAAAAUUUAGGACUCCCUUCGGCGCUGCCCUUUUAUGCCUUGGACUACCUGAUAAUGAUCUGUUCCGAUCUGAGAAAUAAUAGAGCCUCCAAAUCAGUGUCCACAACCUGCCAAUCUGCUACAGAGUUGUAACAUGGAGUAAAUCUUUUUUCUACAUAAUCUGCCAAAAGAGCUCUUCACAUGUCUUUGUUUGUAGUGAAUAGAUAAAGCAUUUUAGCUGUCCUAUUACAGUUGGUCCUAACACCAAUCUACUCACGGGCUCAUUAUAUGCAGACAUAGUAUAUUUUUCUAGAUCUAUAGAAUAAUUCUACAUUAAAUGAAGAUCUUCAUAGAGGAGUACUAACUAGAGAUGCUUUUAGUGGAACCUUCUUCCCGCUUCUCCCAUGUCUGCUCCCAUGGCUCCAAUCAUUAUUCAUGCUCUUCUAGCAACUUUGUUUGCACUCCCACUUUCUCUCAUUGCUGAACCAGCAAACAAUCCAACCUCCCGAAUCAUUAUUGUUGGUGUUGUCUACUGUGAUACCUGCUCAACCAACACUUUCUCCAGAUACAGCUGCUUCUUGCCAGGUGCGGAUGUUCACAUUCAAUGUACAUUCCAAGCAAUCUCACCAAAAACUACAGAGAAGAUUGAGUUCUCUGCUAACAGAACAACAGAUAGAUAUGGAAUAUAUAAAGUGACAGUGCCAGAGGUUGAUGGUGUUGAUUGUGCGGAGGGAUCGACAAUUGAAUUAGUAUGCCAGACAAGUUUAAUACGGAGCUCAUAUCCAGCCUGCAACGUUCCUGGUUUAAAGAUGUCAACAGACGUGAUAUCAGUCAAGUCAAAGCAGAACAAUCUCUGUAUUUACAGCAUGAAUGCUUUGAGUUACAGACCUUCCAAAAAAAAUGCUACCUUGUGUGGGAAACACAAAGAAGAGUUGCAGAUUUCUUUCAACUCUUCAAAGUUUUUUCUCCCUUACUUCCCACCCUAUGGGUUCCCAUCGCAUACCUUGCCUAACAUGUCACCAUCACCCUUCCCUCCAUUACCUACGCCAUCUCAGCCUUUUCCUCCCUUGCCAUCUCCUCGCCCACCUUCUUUGCCCUUUCCAUUUCCACCCCUCUCACCAACCCCAUCUCUUUUCCAUCCAACGCCUCCACCAGCAUUUAAUCUAGGAAAUCCAAGGGCAUGGAUACCGAAUACCCCUUCAUUAGCACCUCCACCACCGCCUGCUUUUAAUCUAAGAGAUCCCAGAACUUGGAUACCAUACUUCCCUCCAUCCCCACCUAAUAACCCUCAGAACCAAAAUCCAUGAUAUUUUGCUCCAGUUAUCUCCAAAUUCAUGUUUCAUAUGUUAUAUUUCAUAAUUAUAUGAAGCUUCUAUGUAUGAUGAAAAACAGAUUAGUAUAGGAAUACAAUGUAAUCCAUUAAUCCCUUAAUGAGAUAAUUACAGCUACCAUUGACUUUCUGUAAAUAAA